AUGAGCAAGAAGGCAAAUAAGGCUUCGCGAAAGUAUGCCGCAAGUGGGCAGCUCAAAAAGCAAAUUCAGUCUCGCAAAAAGCAUCAACAAAUGAAACGGAACAUCGAAUGGCGAAAAGGUUCCAAAGGACGGGGAAAAGUUGCCAACUUAAACGAGAUAGACGGCGAGGCUGAGCAACGAGGGAUGGAGGUUGAAGACGUGGAAGGCGUCAGCGAGGAUGUUGACGAGGAGAUAUCAGGCGAAGAGACUGAAAAAUUUAAAGGAAUGAGCGUAGAUGACUUCCUGCGGGGUGGAUUCAUGGAAGGAGCUUCUGAUGAUGGCACCGAAGAGAACGGGUCCUCCGAGAAUGACGAAGACAAUGUUUCGUUUGCAUCGGUCGACGAACUUGAAGAUGAAGCAGGCGCCCACAAGAUCGAAUUGAAGAAGCUGGCACAGCAGGACCCAGAAUUUUACAAGUACCUUCAAGAGAAUGAUCGCGAGCUGCUGGACUUCGAUGUUCCCGAUGGUGUUGACGAAGACGAAGAUAUGGGUGAAGAUGCAAUGGAAGCUGACGACGACGAGGAAAUAAAAGCUCCAACACUUACGAAGGAAAUCCUUCAAAGAUGGCAAAAGGCUAUAUUAGAGCAUCGAUCUUUACGUGCGUUACGACGGCUUUUAAUAGCAUUUCGUGCUGCCGCGCAUAUGAAUGAGGAGGAUGAAGUCCUCGCAUGGACGAUUGACAGCCCGUCAGUCUACGAAAAGCUGGUUACCACAGCACUCCGAUAUACGCCCAUCGUGCUCGACCACCAUGUCCCAUACAAAAAGCUUCCCAAUGGAAAAUUCAAACCGCCGCCACAGACUCCAAAGCUUCAGACUAUCCAGAAACUCAUUCUUUCGUUCUUCCAUAAUGUCUUACAUCUCAUCGAGCAACUAUCUGCAAGCGAAACGUUAGUUCUCGCCCUCAAUGAGAGUGCGAAGCUCCUGCCGUAUGUUAUAUCCAGCCGGAAGGCAGUCAAGCUGUAUCUGAAAACAUGCUUGAAACUCUGGUCAUCCGCCGAGGAUGAAGUACGCAUAGCGGCAUUCCUGGCCAUUCGACGAUUGGUAUCCUCCAGCGACGAAGCUAUCCGAGAUCAAGCGCUUAAAAAUACAUACCUCACCUUACUCCGUAAUGCAAAAUCGACCACGGCGUACAACCUUCCAUCCAUCAAUCUCAUGAAAAACUCAGCAUCUGAGUUGUAUUGUGAAGACCAUGCAGCGUCUUACCAACUCGCAUUUGGAUACAUCCGACAGCUCGCGGUGCACCUGAGGAAUAGUAUGAAAGUUAAGAGCAAGGACGCGUACAAGCAGGUAUACAACUGGCAAUUUGCUCACAGCGUCGAUUUCUGGGCGAUCGUGCUUGCCAGAGCUUGCGAAGUGGAGGCAGAGGCUGUUCGUGGUGAGGAGAGCGGCUUGAAGGCUCUCAUUUAUCCUUUGAUCCAAGUCGCUCUCGGUGCGAUUAAGCUCAUCACGAAUUCUCGUUCAUACCCAUUCCACCUCUCUAUUAUACGCUCGCUAAUACACCUUUCGCGGCACACUACAACAUAUAUUCCCCUAACUCCGUACCUUCUACCUAUCAUCACCUCAACGUUGUCUCCUUCCGGAAAGCCCAAAGCUUCAACGCUCAGACCCCUGGAUCUGGAGACACAUCUCCGCACACCCGCACAAUACGUGCGAACGCGAAUAUAUAACAACGUCGUCCUCGAAGAAGCCGUAUUUCUCCUCGCAGAAUGGUGUGCAUUACCUCACGUGCAAGGGAGCAUCGCAUUCCCCGAGCUCGUCGUGCCUUUGGUCGCAACGCUUCGACACAGUCUAAAAAAAGCUUCUGGUGCGAAAGAAGCGGGUGUUGUGAAGGGCCUUUUGGAGCGCAUCGAGGAAGGAGCUACGUGGGUGUCAGAGCGGCGAAAGAACGUGGCUUUUGGACCAAGGGACAUUGAUGCUGUGCAUGCAUGGGAACGGGAUGUUAGGAUUCAGGAGACGCCACUUGGAAGGUUUGUAAAAUCGCAACGGAAGGUGAGGGAAAAGCGGAAGAAGUUGGUUGACAAGGCGAGGGCUGGCGAGGAAGAGUACCUCGAGGAGUAAAAUAACCCUGUUACUAUAUCUCUCCUGUUUCAGUUCUUUUCAUUCAACCAACAUUCACAUGUUUCCACUCAUUUUUAGAUGGGUAAUACAUAUCAUUACUAUAGUGUUAUUG